ACGCGCUCAGAUAUACUGAGCGAGCGCUGGAGAAGCAGUCUCAGAUCCUGACGGUGCAGCAGCCCGCAGCCUCAGCCAGGGAGUCCCAGCCGCUUUCAAUGGAGGAGAAGCCCGGCCAGCCACAGCCUCAGCACCAUCACAGCCACCACCAUCCGCACCAUCACCCCCAGCAGCAGCAGCAACAGCAGCAGCAGCAACAGCAGUCGCACCACCACCACCAUUAUUAUUUCUACAACCAUAGCCACAACCACCACCACCACCACCAUCACCAGCAGCCUCACCAGUAUCUGCAGCAUGGAGCCGAGGGCAGCCCCAAGGCCCAGCCCAAGCCGCUGAAACAUGAGCAGAAACACACCCUCCAGCAGCACCAGGAAACGCCGAAGAAGAAAACAGGCUAUGGUGAAAUAAAUGGUAAUGCUGGAGAAAGAGAAGUAUCUUUAAAGAGCCUCAGUUCUGAUGGAGCUACUAACCCUAUUUCCAGGGUCCUCAAUGGCAACCAGCAAGUGCUAGACACUAGCCUGAAGCCGACUGUAAAGACCAGCACCUUUGGAAAAGCAGGAAUUAAAACCAAGAAUUUUAUUCAGAAAAACAGUAUGGACAAAAAGAAUGGGAAGUCUUAUGAAAGUAAAUCUGGAGAGAAUCAGGCUAUUGAUAAGACCGACACUGUAGCAAUUCCAAAUGGUGUUAUAACAAAUAAUUCAGGCUAUAUCACUAAUGGUUAUAUGGGCAAAGGAACAGAUAAUGAUGGUAGUGGAUCUGAGAGUGGAUACACCACUCCUAAAAAAAGGAAAGCUAGGCGCAAUAGUGCCAAGGGAUGUGAGAACCUUAAUUUAGUGCAGGACAAAAUAAUGCAAGAGACUAGUGUCCCAGCAUUAAAACAGGGACUUGAAACUUUAAAGCCUGACCAUAGUGAACAAAAGGGAACUCGAGUAGAUGGCUCCAGGCCUGCUUGGAAGUACGAAGCUGGACCUGGAGGAACAAGUCGUGGAAAACCUGCUGUGGGCGACAUGCUUCGUAAAAGCUCAGAUAUUAAACCUGGUUUGAGCAGCAAAAAGUUUGAUGAUCGGCCUAAAGGAAAGCAUGCCUCAGCUGCUGCCUCCAAAGAGGACUCGUGGACCUUGUUUAAACCACCCCCAGUUUUUCCAGUGGACAAUAGCAGUGCUAAAAUAGUUCCUAAAAUAAGUUAUGCAAGCAAAGUUAAGGAAAACCUCAACAAAACUGUACAGAACUCUUCUGUGUCACCAUCUUCAUCUUCAUCCUCUUCAUCAUCUACUGGGGAAACUCAGACCCAGUCUUCAAGUCGGUUAUCCCAGGUCCCCAUGUCAGCUCUAAAAUCUGUUACAUCUGCCAGUUUUUCUAAUGGGCCUGUUUUAGCAGGAACUGAUGGAAGCAUGUAUCCAUCUGGGGGUCAGCCACUGCUAACUACUGCUGCUAAUACUUUAACACCCAUCUCUACUGGGACUGAUUCAGUUUUGCAGGACAUGACUUCAGCAGCUGUUGAGCAAAUUAAGUCUAGCCUUUUUAUCUACCCUUCAAAUAUGCAAACGGUGCUGUUAAGCACAGCACAAGUAGAUCUGCCCUCUCAGACAGAUCAGCAAAACCUGGGGGAUAUCUUCCAGAAUCAAUGGGGUUUAUCAUUUAUAAAUGAGCCCAGUGCUGGCCCAGAGACUGCUGUUGGAAAGUCAACGGAUCAUAAAGUGAUGGAAGUGACAUUUCAAGGAGAGUAUCCUGCCACUUUGGUUUCACAGGGUGCUGAAAUAAUUCCCUCAGGAACUGAGCAUCCUGUGUUUCCCAAGGCUUAUGAGCUGGAAAAACGGACUAGUCCUCAAGUUCUGGGUAACAUUCUAAAAUCUGGGACUACUGAGAGUGGAGCCUUAUCCUUGGAACCCAGUCAUAUAGGUGACCUGCAAAAAGCAGACACCAGUAGUCAAGGUGCUUUAGUGUUUCUCUCAAAGGACUACGAAAUAGAAAAUCACAAUCCUCUGGCCUCGCCUACGAACACUUUGUUAGGCUCCGCCAAAGAACAGAGAUACCAGAGAGGCCUAGAAAGGGACGACAACUGGGGCUCUUUCGACCUGAGGGCUGCUAUUGUAUAUCACACUAAAGAAAUGGAAUCUAUAUGGAAUUUGCAGAAGCAAGAUCCCAAAAGGAUAAUCACUUACAAUGAAGCCAUGGAUAGUCCAGAUCAAUGAAGGACCAGACUGCCUAUUUGUAACCUUUCUGCAGCAUUAGAGCCACCGUUCAUGGGGGACACAAGGCUUUUAUGCUCCUAGAUCUCCAACGCAGCAGAGGAACCAUAAGUAGAAUCACAGGAUAAUAUAUACAAAUAUAUAUAUAUACAUAUAUAUAUAUAUAUAUAGUUA